GGAAAUGUGGGUGUGGCGUCGUUACCGGGGGUGGCCCUGCCCCUGCUCCACGGUUUGUGCUUUCCGGAGGUGCGUUCAUCGACCAGGGAAAGUCACCAAAUUCACAGCUGCAGCUCGCAACACCCGUCUGAGCAACAACUGAGAAGAAUUAAGGGCUCUACGUGACUGAGACUAUACAGUUUAGCACGCACAAGCGCGCUACCUGGCCACUGCAUUUUUGACGCUCGCGACAUGGAGUAGCCGUCUCUUCUUACUGUAAAAAAACGUUUGUAUUUUUAUCUCAAUUGUCCGAGUGUCCACUCUGCUGAGGAGACAGACAGACAUGGCACACGUCGGUAACGGAGCCGGUAACGAAGAUGAGGACUGCUUUGAAGAUGCCUUUGAUCGGAUACCUGUGGCGUCCCAGAUGGACCUUCACAGUUCCAUAGAGGAGGUGCGUGUGGCGCUGCACCUGGUCCUCAACAACAAGUUUUCAGAAGCCCUGGUCCUGCUCAAACCCUGGUGGAAGGACAGCAUGUACCAUGCUCUGGGGUACAGCAGCAUACUGGUCAUGCAGGCUGCUAUGACCUUCGAGCACAGAGACAUCCAGGCUGCCAUGGCAACCAUCAAAGAGGCCUUGCAAACCUGCCAGAGGUUCAGGAAGAAGAAUUCUAUGGUGGAGUCUUUAUCCAACCUGGUGAGCAAACAGUCCAGCAACAGCCUGAGAGAAGAGGAGAUGCAUGCUGAGAUCUGCUAUGCUGAGUGCCUUCUGCAGAAAGCUACGCUCACAUUCAUACAGGAUGAAAACAUGAUCAGUUUCAUCAAAGGAGGGCUAAAGGUCCGGACCAGCUACCAGAUUUACAAGGAGUGUCAGAACUACCUUGCGGCCAGUCAGGAGCUGGGAGCCAACACUGAUUCGUUCACACAGUUUGAGGGUGGAGUCAAACUGGGCAUCGGAUCUUUCAAUCUUAUGUUGUCUCUUCUUCCUCAGAGGAUUCUCCGGUUGCUGGAGUUCAUCGGCUUCUCUGGAAACAGAAGCUUCGGCCUGGCCCAGCUGUCUGAAGGAGCAAACAGCCACAGUCUGAGAGCCAUCCUCUGUGUUCUCACCCUGCUGUUCUACCACACCUACGUCACCCUCAUUCUGGGGUCAGGAGAAGGGAACUUAGUGGAGGCUGAGGCUCUGCUGGAGCCAUACCUGGAUAGGUAUCCUAACGGUUCGAUCAUCCUGUUCUACUCUGCUCGCAUCGCUGUGCUCAGGGGGAACUUUGAAAAGGGACAGGCCAAGCUGCAGGAGUGCAUCCAGUCCCAGCAGCAGUGGAGGCAGAUCCACCACCUGUGCUACUGGGAGCUGAUGUGGGCCUACUCCUACCAGCAGGACUGGCUGGAGGCCUACCGCUACGUUGACCUGCUUUGCAAGGAGAGCCGCUGGUCCAAGGCUAUCUACAUGUACCAGAAAGCUGCUAUCCUCAGCAUGCUUCCUGAAGAGGAGGUACAGAAGACUGGAGAGAAUGUUGUGGAACUCUUCAGACAGGUGGAGGGUCUGAAACAGCGGCUAGCUGGGAAGUCCAUCCCCACUGAGAAGUUUGCUAUCAGGAAGUCCCGCCGCUACAACUCCUCGAGCCCUGUCAAACUGGUGGUGCCAGCACUGGAGAUGAUGUAUGUGUGGAAUGGUUUCUCCAUCUUGGGGAAGAGAGCUGAUGCCUCAGAGAGUUUUCUCAUCACCAUAGAAACGGCCGAGCAACAGCUACAAGAUGACCCUAGUCCUUCAGAGUACCUCCCAGAUGACCAGUGUCUGCUGCAGAUGCUGAAGGGGCUGUGUCUUAAACACCUGGGCAGACUGCUGCAGGCCGAGCUCUGCUUCACUCAGGUGCUCUCCAGUGAGCGUCGCAUCAGGUAUGAUCACUACCUGGUGCCCUUCUCCCUGUAUGAGCUGGGUCUGCUCUACAAGCUGCAGGGAGACUUCCCCAAAGCCCAGCGCUUCAUCGAGAACGCUAAGCUCAACUACAAGGAUUACUCCAUGGAGUCACGCCUGCACUUCCGGAUCCACGCUGCCCUCAACAGCCUCAAAGGAUCUCCCAUCAGCACCCCCUGAGAUCCACCACAGCACCACAGAACAAGACCUGGACUCAUACACAACCACUACAGGCUACCACAGAAGAAAACCUCAUUCCCAUAUAAACCAUUGAAGGCUACCACAGAAGAAGACCUGUAUUCAUACAAAACCUGUGGACGUUACUGCAGAAGAAGACUUCUAUUCAUAAAACCCAUGGGGAGGUUUACCACAGAAGAAGACCUCCACAAACAACAUGAAGCCUCUGGUGUAUUUUAGCCUUUGGUAUCAAACACUGAAUACUCAGCCUUGUCACCAACAGUGGCUUAGACACUUAAACACAUGCACACACACACCAGACACUCUCUUGCUACCAUAUGUGCAGCAUCCAAUCGUCAGCAUUUACUGAACCACUGAUAUAUAAGCAAUACAUUCUCCGUAACCAACACCUGUCCUUCACUCUCCCUGACGUUUGUCUAGGUCACUCUGCCCCUGGGUCUAUGGCAGAGGGUUACACACCAAACCUGGCAACCACACUCCUUGGUGUUUGUCUAGGCCCAGAGGAGCAGGUGAUGUGUGUGUUGUUAUGAAUGAGACCGUUUUUAACGUAAUGGCCUGUUCUGUCUGACGGUACUCCAUAGCAUCCCCUGCUGGUGUAGAGGCAGCAUGGCACUUGACCCUGGUGGCUGUUCUCACCACAGUCUGUCUCCUCAACACUACAGGUCCCAGGUAGAGGGUUAUACAAUCCAACCUGGCAACGGCAGUCUAUCUUCUUUUGGACCAAUCAUAGGUUACAUGUUAAUGUACAUACUGCCUGUGGCCUAGUUAGGCCUUCAUUGCUUCAUGGUUAGAGAGCUCAAAAUGACAAUGCAAUAAUGUGUGCUUGUAAAUGUUUGUACGUGUGCUUGUGUAUGUAGCCUAUGUAUGGGAGUGUGAGUGUAAGUACGUGUGUGUGAAUGUGUGUGUCAAGGGUGAGUGAUGGUGUGUGUGUGUGUGUGUGUGUGUGUGUGUGUGUGUGUGUGUGUGCACGGUACCUCCAGCCUCCAGGACGUGUUAGUGAAGCAGCAAAGUCAGAGUAGAUGAACCCAGCUGUACAAAGGGGUAAUAUACACUCCAUGCAGAAACCAACCAGUUGCCUUGCUCUGUGUGUGUGUUACGUGUGUGUGUGUGUUACAUGCGUGGGUGUGUGUAUCUUGUCUUGAGCUGAGAUGUGGGUUGUGCAAUCACCAGGACUGGGGUAACUCCCCCCUUGUCCAGAGUCUAAACACACACAUAGCCUAUAUUUAUCUGAGAACACUGCUCUCCUUCCUUCUGUCAGUCACAAUACGUUUAAGACCCACUUGUAGAAAAGUGAAGAGUUCUGGAACCAGCUUGUAGAACAGUCAGCUUUAAUGAAGGUGUGUACUUGUUAAGGGGUUAAGCCAUAGGAACUACAAGCUAACUACCGUCGACACCUAGCUAGCUGAAUGGAGAUACAUUAUUUGCAGGACAUUCACUGCAUCUAAUUAUAGUAAUAAUAAAGGUGUUCUAUAUCUCCAUCCAGUUAGAGUUAGAUCAAACGCACAAAACCAUAAACCAGCAGCGAGGAUGAGGAGGCAGGCGUGUAUGUGAUGGAUGACCAGUGUUUGUGACUGCUCGUUUAGACGCUACAGAGGAAGCUGUCAUCCAUGGGCUCUAACUAUAUAAAGUCUGUAUACAGGACUCGAUGUGUUCUCUAACUAUAUAUUGUCUCUAUACAGGACUCAAUGUGUUCUCUCGGUGUGACUGGCGAUAGCAAUAAACACAUGAGAUAAAUA